UUUUUUAAAAUGUUAUCAGUUUAAAAUCGGGAAAAAAUAAACUUCGAGUAAUCAUCUAUUUGAAAUCUAUCAGCAGCGAAUGACGUACAGUUUAUAAAAAGUAUUCGUCGAACAAAGAAAAAUAAACGUAAUUCCAAAGGCAUGAGGAGAAAAAAUUCAAAGCAAAGCCAUUCGUACAUCUCGAAUUCCACACGAUUUUAGUUCGUUCAUUGUUGAAAAGUGCACGACCUAAUACAUGUGUACAUAAAUUAAAUCCCAUGAUUUAAAUCAUUGUCGCGUACUAUUUUUUUCUUCUUUUAUAAUUCUCUCGUGUGUUGAUACGUGUACAUCUAUUCUGCCUCGUGUCGAUUUAUUUGGUUUAAGCUAAUCGGACAAAACAGUUGAAUAGAAAUAGUAAACAUCUCUACAACUAAACUGUCGUUGUUACGAAAAUUGUUUUUGAUUUGUUGUUGCCGUAUUCGUUCCGAACAGAGUACAAACAUGUGAAUUAUUAUCCAGAGACAGAAGAAGAAAUAGUGAUCGAUCGAUUUAAUCAACGAAUAUUUCAAACGAGCUAAUUAACGGUUUGGAAUUUUUGGAAGAGAUUAAGAAAAAGAAACAUCCCCAAUUGAAAUUUUGAAAAACGAAAAAUCCAAUUAAAAGUGAAGUGAAUAGUGAAUAUGGCAGCAGAUAAAAUCGGACUGAAUCAGAAUGGAGUGGUGCAGCCACUUCUUACCGACCUCUAUCAAAUCACAAUGGCAUACGCUUAUUGGAAGUCUGGUAAAAUGAAUGAUAAUGCUGUAUUCGAUUUGUACUUUCGGAAAAAUCCAUUCGAUGGUGAAUUCACGAUUUUUGCCGGUUUGGAUGAAUGUCUGAAGUUUUUGGCAAAUUUUCGAUAUUCCGACUCAGACAUCGAAUAUCUGAAGCAAACUCUGCCCGAUAGCAUUGAAAAUGACUUCUUUGACUAUUUAAAAGAUUUGACCGCCAAUGAUGUUUUAUUGUCUGCCGUUCCAGAGGGGUCCGUUGUUUUUCCAAGAGUGCCCCUCAUCAAGUUAGAAGGACCACUUAUCAUCGUACAGCUGUUGGAAACAACGCUAUUGACAUUAGUCAAUUAUGCAAGUUUGAUGGCCACAAAUGCAGCGCGAUAUCGUAUGGUUGCGGGCAAACAUGUAAAAUUGUUGGAAUUCGGUUUGAGACGUGCACAAGGGCCGGAUGGUGGAUUGUCAGCGUCCAAAUACGCUUAUGUGGGUGGUUUUGAUGGUACAUCGAAUGUUUUGGCUGGAAAAUGGUUCAACAUUCCAGUAAAGGGAACACAUGCUCAUGCUUACAUUACUUCAUUUUCCGGUAUUGACGAGCUCAAAAUAGUUAAUCUGCGGCAUAAAUCUACAGGUGUCGUAAAGAAUUUACUUGAUUUGGCCGUUUCGCAUCUGCAACCGUUGUCACGAUUAUUGGAGGUGUCGCCUGAUGAAUCAAGUGAGGGUGAGUUAGCAGCCAUGGUAUCGUUUGCAAUCGCCUUUCCCGAUGGAUUUAUGGCGUUAGUUGAUACGUACGAUGUUAAGAGCAAAUUAAAUGCAACAUUAAAUCUCAGCAAGAACCACACCAAAUCUGUCACAAUUGAUAGUAUUUUAUCAGAAAAGAAGGAUAAACUGAAAAAAGUGUACAUCCGAACGAAAUCGCAAAAGAUUAUUCUGAAUAGUGCCAAAGAAAAUAUAAACGGCGAUGCAAACAAUCACAUUUUAAGUCCAAUUCAUAUGAAUGUGAAUCACACGAAUGGUGUCUCCAAUGGAGUUGAUACAACCAAAAAUACACAGUCCGUUGAUCAAAACGGUAACAUAAUAAAUGGCCAAUAUAAGCACGACAAUCGAACGGUCGUUCAAAAACUAAAUGAAUAUCGCAAAUCGAUCAGGUCGGGCUUAUUGAAUUUCUGUGCGGUGGCAAUGGCAUUGAAUGAUCAAGGAUAUCGUGCGGUUGGUAUUCGAAUUGAUUCCGGAGAUUUGGCAUAUUUAUCUUGUUUGGCACGUGACACAUUCGAUUUGGUGGCAUCGAAAUUUAAAAUUCCAUGGUUUAAAUCGAUAACAAUUGUGGCAUCGAACGAUAUCAACGAAGACACUAUACUUAGUUUGAACGAACAAGGACACAAAAUCGAUUGCUUCGGCAUUGGAACGCAUUUGGUGACAUGUCAACGUCAACCAGCAUUGGGUUGUGUUUACAAAUUGGUAGAGAUAAAUGGUCAAGCAAGAAUUAAAUUGAGUCAAGAUGUGGAAAAGGUAACAAUGCCAGGAAAUAAGAAUGUGUUCCGUUUGUACAGCGCUGAUGGUCAUGCAUUGAUCGAUUUAAUACAAAAGAACGGUGAACCAGCACCGGAAGUGGGCCAAAAAGUAUUGUGCAGGCAUCCAUUCCAAGAGUCGAAACGAGCCUACGUUAUUCCAUCGAGAGUUGAAUCAAUGUAUAAGAUUUAUUGGCAAAAUGGAGCCGUUCGUCAGGUGUUGCCAACGCUUGAAGAAGUUCGUGAAAAGGUUCAGUCAUCGCUUCGCUCACUGCGUAACGAUCACAAGCGUACGCUAAAUCCAACACCAUACAAAGUGUCUGUAAGCGACGGAUUGUACAGCUUCAUUCACACCCUUUGGCUUGAGAAUGCGCCGAUUGGUGAAUUGUCUUGAUCAUCAUCGAGCCACUUUGACCGUUUUCAGUUGUCCUAUGCUUGCGAUAAUCAGCUCAUGUGCCAUAGUUAAAUGUGAUUCAGAUAUGUGAAGGAAACUGUUUUGUGAAAAUGGUCAAAUGCAACACAAAUAUACUAAUAUAACGAAAAUAUAAAUAGCAUUCAACGCAGGAACGACUAUCUCCAAAAAAAUAAAAUAUGAGAGAUACAACCAAUGAUCGGCCACGAUCAAAAUAAUGAACAAAUUCAUUGUGAUUCACAAAUUUAGCAUGUGAAUAGAUUAAACCCAUGGAUAAACCAAUGGAUAUAUUACAGCUUAUUUAACACAAAUCACAGGGGAAAAUGUAACGAGCACAAUGUCCUCGAGCAUAAAGUCUCUUUUCGCUUCAAGUCGAUUGCACAAUCACCAUAGUUGAGUUUGUCGUUUAUUUUUAAUAAGAAAAAAUGAGCGGUUUCUUUUCACAGUGAACCAAACGAUAUAUAUAUAGAUAUAGAAAUAUGUCAGAUUUUAACUUUUCAGUAUACACUUUCCUUUGUAAUUUUUUAUUUUUUUUUAACUAACACACUUUUAUAGGAAAUGAAAAUGAUCAGAAUAAAUGUUCAAAUUAAAAUCUUAAAUGGGAAUUUAUAAUCAUUUUUAAAAGAAGAAAUGAAACCACCGUAGAUUUAGUCGUUUUUUGAAGAUCAUCAGGUAGCCUAUUAAUCUUAAUGUUUCGUAGUUGAUAGAGAAUUUGAAAUGUAACGGGAAAAAAAUGUAGCUAAGAUAAGAAAAAAUAAAUCUUAAUUUAUCGAUUUUUUCGUAAUUAUUAUUCAAGUUUGUUAUAUAAUGACGCAAUAAUGUAAAUCUAUAAAUGUUCUUUUUAGCAACACUUACGUACAUACAAAAUGUUAGACCCUAGAAACAUAUUCGGGGCACUCAGUGUUUCCGUCAAAAAUUUAAAUAUAUUCAAACAAACACCACCAAAA